UGGGGGGGCGGGGCCGCGGCGACGCUUGGUGUGUGGGCGCAGAUGGCGGCGGCGCACGGCGCCUGAGCGGGCCGGGGCCAUGAGCGCCGCCCGGCCCCAGUUCAGCAUUGAUGAUGCCUUCGAGCUGUCCCUGGAGGACGCGGGCCCUGGGCCCGAGUCCAGCGGGGUCGCGCGCUUUGGGCCGCUGCACUUCGAGCGUCGGGCCCGGUUCGAGGUGGCUGACGAGGACAAGCAGUCCCGGCUGCGCUACCAGAACCUGGAGAACGAUGAGGAUGGAGCCCAGGCCUCUCCGGAGCCGGAUGGGGGAGUCAGCACCAGGGAUUCCGGCCGAACUUCCAUCCGCAGCUCCCAGUGGUCCUUUAGCACCAUCAGCAGCGGCACCCAGCGCUCCUACAACACCUGCUGCAGCUGGACUCAACACCCUUUGAUCCAGAAGAACCGCCGAGUGGUGCUGGCCUCCUUCCUGCUCCUGCUGCUGGGGCUGGUGCUGAUCCUGGUCGGCGUGGGACUGGAGGCGACGCCCUCUCCAGGUGUCUCCAGCGCCAUCUUCUUCGUGCCGGGCUUCCUGUUGUUGGUGCCUGGAGUCUAUCACGUGAUCUUCAUCUACUGCGCGGUCAAGGGCCACCGGGGCUUCCAGUUCUUCUACCUGCCCUACUUCGAGAAGUGACCGCGGCGCAGCGUGGACUCCUUGCGUCCACGGGGGCGCCCCUCGGACCCGCGCCCUGUUCCGUUCCCCUCAUCUCAAGGGAAGAGGCCCUCCAGGACCCUCGAAACCCCAGCCCCUAGGGAGUUUGCUCAGGAAGUUUGGGGCAUGCAGGCCUGGCCCUGGGAAAGCCGCCCCUCGCCUGCUCUGUGCCUUAACUUAUUUUCGGGCCGUGCGGCUGCUAGGUUGCUGUUAUUUUGUGCUAAUAAAAGAGUAAUUAAUUCCA